GCCCAGCCGCCCGAGGCUGCAGUUCUGUGGCCACUGGGGGGUCAGGAAGGAGGCUCCCAGGUGCUCCGCAUGAAGCUGAGAGGGGCUGGGGGAUGCCCUCCCCCUCCCACACUCCGUGCUACCCUCCGAGCCCCUCCAGGCCCUCAGUGGGCUUCUCUGCCAGGCCAUGGGGAAGCGCUACUUCUGCGACUACUGUGACCGCUCCUUCCAGGACAACCUCCACAACCGCAAGAAGCACCUCAACGCUGCCAAGAAGGUGUGGUACAACAACUUCCGAGAUGCAGCUGCCAUCUUGCUGGAUGAGCAGAACAAGCGGCCCUGCAGGAAGUUCCUGCUUUCAGGUCGGUGCGACUUGGGCAACAACUGCAGAUUCUCCCACAUGUCUGAGCGAGACCUGCAGGAGCUGAGUAUCCAGGUGGAGGAGGAGAGACGGGCCCGGGAGUGGCCCCUGGAGGUGCUGGAGCUGCCGGAGGCUCACCUGGAGGACUGGCUGGAGAAGAGGGCCGAGCGGCUGAGCACAGCCCCGAGCUGCAGGAUCAAGCCCACCAGAGCUGCCAUCUUCCAGUACGCUGUGGGCUGGCCGCCCAUCCAGGAGCUGCCCCCCUCCCUGCGGGCACCCCCGCCCGGGGGAUGGUCCCUGCAGCCCAGCGUCCAGUGGGGCUGAGCCCCUGAGCACCACCCUGCUCACACACAGUCCAAGGAAGCGCUCAGACUGAGGCCAGGGCCUCUGGGUCAUCACCCUGGUGUGGACCGAGUCCACAUGGGACACUCUGCCCUGUCCCCUCCCUCUGGGACAUG